AUGCCGAACCAAACGUUAGCUGAGUUCCACACUGCAGACCGCAACCGCAGUGGUGACUUGUCCAAGAUUCCGCCGCUCAGAGCCCAGAGCAGCACAGGCCUGGAGUUCGUCGUUGUCUUGCCAGAAAACGUUGCUUACUACUAUCCACGUGAGCCUCGCUUCACGCUAUACUUCACAUCCUUGCUUCACAAUGCCACAGUGACCCUGAGAGCGGAAGGUAUUCAACUGCACAGCUGGCAAAUGCAGGCUGGAGACGUUGAACAAUUUAAUCUGGGAUCGCACCUGGAGCUUGGCAAGUCGGUGUACUCUGACAAAGUCAUUCAGAUUUCCAGCAAUAAGCCCAUCACGGUUGAGGUGGUCGGCGUGGUGCAGAACAUGACGCAGAGCGUUCUGGUUCUGUCCAAAGACCAGCUGGGAACAAACUAUAUCAUUCCGUCUUUUAAAGAAUUCACCAACACAAAUCACCCGCUGCACAUCUCAGACGCUGCCAACCGUGAGAGGAGUGCUCUGCGUGUCAUCAUUGUCAACACUGACCAGGUCAAUGAAGUCACGCUGGAAGGCCUCAGUGAGACCUGCAACCUCACUGCGCACCACAGCUGCCAGGUCUAUCUAAACAGCCAGGAGGAUCUGGUGUCAGUGAGAGCCCAGCAUCCGGUGGCUGUGCUGCUCAGCCACACCUGUGUCCGGUGGCGAGCGUGCACCUGUAGGAUGCUCUACACUGUCCUGCCACCAGAAACCAACCAACCUCAGACCUUCCUGAUACCUUCCACUCUGCCUUGGCCGUCUGAAGAUAGAUCUGCUGUCCUGGUGUACAACAGAGGAUCCACCACUAUUGAGGCGUACGACCCCAACUCACCAGUCCUGAGCAUCGCUGGCACGGCUCUCCUCUACCAGCCCGACUUCCUUUUCCCUCUUAUCCCAACGGGAAGCUUUGCUUCCUGUUACUCCCUCCGUGGUUAUCCAAAUACAGAAACAUCUGCAGUCAUCAUCGUCCGCAUGAAUCAGACUGAUGGACUGCGGCUGGGAAAUGAUCGUCUCCACAGUCCGGAUUGGCAACCGAUAACUGGAACGGAUUAUGUUUCUGCAAGGAUUUCACUCGACGAGGGAAAGAACAUUCUGUGGCAUGUUUCCACCACAGUGGGCGUCUACCACAUGGGAAGGUUUCAGAAUGUGUGGUUUGGUAACCCGGCACCGGUCCUCAGUAGAACACCAGAUUCACGCGGGUGUCUUGUGACACCAGAAGCUUUUGAAAUUGGGUUGGUGCCUGGCGGCUGGCGAGAGUCCGUCGCCUACUGCAAAAACAAAGACCUGGAGUUGGCCAGCUUCCCCAAUGCCGCUGUCAAGCAGCAGAUCCACAGUAGAAUCUCAGCGGAGAAGAACGACAGCCUGAAGUGGGUGUGGAUUGGGAUGAGACUCCGACUGAGGAGCGGCAAAUUCUAUUGGCUCAAUGAGAGGCCACUCACUGAGAUGGACUGGAGCGACGGAGAACCGAGCCAGAUAUACGAUCGCCACUGCGUCACCAUGAAUGUGGAGGAAGGCUUUGACUGGGCGACUGAACACUGCUGCAUGGACAUGCACCCAGUCUGCUACAGAGGCCCAGGUCUGCUUCCCAUGUAG